AGUUGCAGCCCCAAGAAAAGCGUUACCCAAAAUGUGUUUGCUUCCUUUUCGAGAAUGCAUGAUUGUGAUGAAAAUGAACCUUCAGAACUCAAGUUUCGUGUUGCGAGAAAAUGGGAAGAGAUCGAUUUCAUGGCGACGAACGAAGUCACUACUUUGGAUUUACUAAUGAUUGACGAAAACGGAGAUACCAUGCACGACAUCGUCCCUAAGAAAUUGAUAUGGAAGUUCAGGCCAUUGCUCCAUGAAGGAGGGCUCUAUACACUCGCCAAGUUCAACACCACAACGGAGAAAUCCAGAUUUCUUCCAUCGAAGAAUGAUCAUCGGUUAUUCUUCAAAUGGGAUACCGAGGUUGACUGUUUGUUGGGAGAUACCGGAGGCAUUCCCAUGCAUGCCUUUUCCUUUGUUGAAUUUGGUAACUUAGAGUCUAGGAUAAACAAUAUCCACCUUACGGGUAGUCAUUGUUUUUCCUAAAACUCCAGGUACUAAA